GCAUGGUGGGCUCAUUCAUCAACAUCGCCUGGGCUAUAGUGGACUACCGUCGGUGUCUCCGUCGAUCCUUACCCCAGGUCCGAGAGAUGCCUUCUGGCCUCCCUACCUUCGUUUACCUCCUGUACAAGCUCUUGACCAUCACCGCUCACAUCCUCAGCCUCAGCCUCUUCCUCGUCCUCAGCCCCUACAGUACCCUGGGAAUGGCUGUCGUCUGGCUGGCCGGAACCCUCUGGGCCCAUUGGGUCCGUACUGACUUCUGCACGUCUAAAGGUCUAGAGAGGCUCUAUCGGAUCGUCGUGGGAGUCGUCCUCAUAUUCACCUUCUUUAACGUGAAAGGACAGGAUACCAGAUGGCCGAUGGCUGUGUACUACGUUCUCUUUGUGUUAGUGAACCUCUCUGGUCCUUUGCUGCUGGUUCUGGUGAGGCCAGAGGUUAACGCUACUGAGUACUUUUGGCCGGUGACUCUGCUGAUAUUUGGAGGGACCGUUCUAGGGCUGGUCUGUCUGCUCCUGUAUUAUACUGUCUGCCAUCCCAGAGGGAGGAGUCUACAGGCAGAUGAGGUGGAUGGACACAUGGGACAGGAGAGAGAAACAGAGACGCCAGACAACAUGGUGAGAGUUAGGAACUUCCUACAGCUCUGAGCCUCGUUUCCUGCACCACUCUGAAUGACCUGAACGACCUGAACGACCUGAACGACCUGAACGACCUGAACGACCUGAACGACCUGAACAGUUAAAAAGGAGUCUGGUGUUUGACCUUUCAGGACUGGUCCCUUCAGCUGAGAUGAAGGAGAGGACAUAAGGGAGUCACCUCACGCCAGUGAAACACAGCCCCUAUCUGUGGAUUCAGGAUGUGCAACGCAAAACAGAGAACACAAGGUGGCACUGUUGUCUCUCUUUACAGGCGAUGGCCAUCUAGCAUUUUGGGGUAAAGUGAAGAGGAAGACGUUGCUAUGGACGUUGCCGUUGCUAUGAUGACGUUACUAUGGACUUUCUCUUUGAUAUGUUAAAGACUCUUUUACUGACCUGCCAAUAACUGAAAGAUGUCUAAUUUAUUUUAAUCUCUGACACACUUUCCACUGUUCCUGCUAGUUUAACUGUCCUUUCUGAUGUUCUGUGUACUAUUUACUAUCUGUG